AUUGCGCAUAAAUCCAGCAACUAGCAAUUGUUUUGUUUUUGGAGAAAAGUUAAUAUUUUAAAGGUUUAUUGAAGACUUUGACGUAUAAAAUUUGAACAACUCGAUGCAAAGCUAUUACAAGCAAGAAAAAUACGAAACGAUAAACUGAAUUUGAACGCAUUAUAAUACGAAUUAAUAAGAUUGAGAAGACACAAAACGCACCAACUUGAUUGAACCAACCACAUACGCACGGCGGCGUCGGCAGCUAACGCAGCAGCAGGCGUCAGCCAUGAAGGUGGACACCGUUAAACUGAAGAAAGGCUCUUCGGAGCUAACUUCAGAAUGUCGCGAACUGAUUGAUGAAUUGACCAAACGACGCACGCGUGCCGAGCUGCUUGAAUUUUUGGACACUGUGCACGUUUGGAUUUAUGGUAAAUGUGAACUAUAUCAUUGGAUUGAAAUAUUGGAUCGCUUUGACAAAAUACUCGAGGAGGCGGCCCGCCAUGUCAAUGGCAAUGAGUUUGUACUGCAGUGCGACACAACAUUUAUAGAAUCGGAUGUUACCCUGCUGCUGCACGUACUCAAUUUCACAACUCUGCUGAUUGAGCACUCGUUCUCGCGCCAUUUGUACAAUUCAAUUGAGCAUUUGACGCAACUUUUAUCAUCACAGAACAUGGACAUUGUGCUGGCCGUGCUUAAUCUGCUUUACAUGUUCUCGAAACGCAGCAACUUCAUUCCACGUUUGCCGUUUGAGAAAAAGGAGUUGCUUAUUGUCAAACUUUUCAAUAUCGCUGAGCGUUGGGGCGAUCCAAAUUACGGACUAUCGCUUAAGGACUGCUGCAUUGGUGAGCCAAAGCUGGAGUUUCUUUAUCAACUGUGCAUCGAUUAUGUCGAUGAGCAUGGACAUGCCGCACAGCUUGAAAUACCUGACAUGAUGGAUCUCUGCCAAACAGCGGCAGCACCCGAGGUUAUAAAAACAAUAGCCGGACAGAUCUCAAAGCCCAGUGAGGCCAUUAAGAUGCGCAUUGCACAUCGUGUGCGCCUUAUCUCUGGCUUCAACAAUUAUAAGUUGCGUUUGCAAUUUGUGCAGGCACGUCUGCAGGCAGUGUCCAUAUUGAUAUAUUCAAACGCGCUGCAGGAUAAUACAGACAAGGUGCUCUAUCCUGGCUUCGGCGAGGAGCUAUGCGAACUAAUCGAUAAGGAGGAUGUGCAUUUGGUGGAAAUACGCGCCGCAGUGCUGCGCACACUCACAUCAAUGCUACACUUUGAUCGCAAUCCCAGUGUACCAAGAGCUGGAUCCCGUUUGAUGAAAAUUGUUCAUUAUACGGGUGCUGAAAGACAGGGCGGUACGUUGCCGCUACUGGUGCGCGAUUGCAUCGAUAAUUUAACCACACAUGGCCUAACGGAGCGUUAUCCAUUAAUAUUGGCCACCUCGCUAUUCUCGCUGCUUUACCAUCUGGCCAGUUACGAGCUGGGCGGUUCGGCGCUUGUCAAGAGCGGCAUGAUGCAGUCUCUGUUGCGCGUCAUAAGCUGGCCCGGCGUCGAUCUGGAGCACAUAACAUUUGUGACACGCGCUGUACGCGUUAUUGAUCUAAUCACCAACAUAGACAUCGCACGCUUCCAUCAGAAUAAUGGGCUCAAUGUCUUCAUCGAUCGUCUCGAGAAGGAGAUCAAAAGCUGUUGUCGUGCCCUGGCCGAAAUUGGCAUCACACUGAAGGAGUCAACGCUGCGCGACGAGCACAGCCUCACAGAUAAAUUGGAUAGCUCGCUGGAGCAGGCAGAUGAUGACGAUGCUGCCACGGAGAAUGCAUCGGUAGCCAGCGGCAGCGCAUCGCCGCGUCGCGAUAAUUCGAGCAGCGAUGGCAGCGGUAGUGCCAGCGAUCAUGCUCAGCGUGCGUAUCGCGUCUAUAUGGAACACAGCGGCGGUGAUCAGCCUCGAGGUGCUGGUGCUGGCACACCAGCCGGUUGGAUGGAUAUUGGAUCGCGCGGUUCGGGCAUCCAUGCGCUGAGCAGCCUGGCCGCAGCAGCCAGCAGUAGCAGCGGCGGCGAUGCAGCUGCGCGCGACAGACCCGUACAGUAUCCAGCCAAUAGCUAUUAUGCGCGUCCGCUCGCCGAGCGCAAAGCGGAGCUGUCCUCACAGUUACCCAGCAGUUUGCAGCCAAAGAAACCAUCAUGUGUGACCCAGCGAGCGGCGCUGCUAAAGUCAAUGUUAAACUUCUUAAAGAAGAGCAUACAGGAUCAUGCACAUUUUAGUAAUAUGCGCAACAUUAUGGAGACCAGCUUGACACAAUCGCUGCGUCACAUUAUCGCCAAUGCCGAGUAUUAUGGGCCAUCAUUGUUUUUGUUGGCCACCGAUGUGGUCACCGUUUAUGUAUUCAAUGAGCCAUCUCUAUUGUCAUCGCUACAGGAUUUGGGCAUAACCAGUGUGAUGCUUAAGGCGCUGCUGCAGAAGGAUGUGCCCGCAACACGCGAGGUGCUUGGCUCUUUGCCAAAUGUCUUCUCGGCGCUGUGCCUUAACGAGCGGGGACUCUUUGAGUUCUUGUCGUAUGAUCCAUUUGAUAAGGUAUUGAAGGUUCUGCUCUCACCGGACUAUCUGGUGGCUAUGCGCCGACGCCGCAGCUCAGAUCCAUUGGGUGAUACCGCUACCAAUUUGGGCAAUGCCAUGGAUGAUCUUAUCAAGCAUCAUCCAUAUUUGCGUGCCGAUGCCACCGAAGCAAUUGUGCGGCUGCUCAAUGAAUUGGUUCGCCUUGGCUCUGAUCCCAGUUUUAUAUGCUGGCGUGCCAAUAAGGAGAGCAGCGUGGCAAAUGCCACACAUAGCGCGGCACCAUCAACGCCCUCGCCAUCGGCUAUGGUCAUGGUGGCAGCUGGACCUGUGCUGCAGAGUGCUGCAGAUAAUAACGAUAGCAGCGGCGAUGAUGAUGACGAUGACGAUGAGAUGAGCUCCGCAUCACAGCAGCAGCAACAACAACAACAGCAACAGUCGCGUGCAGCACAUCAGCAGCAGCAACAACAGCAUCCUGUUGCAGCCAAUCGCCCACAGCAGCCGCAGCAACAACAACAACUACAGCAACAGCAGCAACAGUUGCAGCCGCAACAGCAGCAGCAGCAACCACAACCGCAACAGCCUGAACGCGAGGCUAUACCCCUAAUUGAUUAUAUACUUAAUGUGAUGAAAUUCAUUGAGGCAAUCUUCAGCAACAGUCCAAAUGGUGAUCAUUGCCGUGAAUUUGUACAAAAGGAUGGCUUAACGCCCAUAUUGCAGCUGCUAUCGCUGCCCAAUUUGCCGGUAGACUCGCCCGUAUCAACAACAUCGCAGGCCGUGGCCAAUGUCUGCAAGGCCAUACUGAGUCAGGCACAGGAGACUAAGGUGCUGGAUGUGGCGCUCAAGCAGCUGGCUGACAUUGUGGCACAACUGAAGCCAUUAAUCAAGCAUUUCACAUUUCCCGGCGGCAGUGUGCUGCUCGCCGAGCUUGUCUGUUGUCAGCGUUUGGAGGAUGGUUUUGCCAAUGCCGAAUAUACGCCCAUUUUGCACAACAUGAGCUUUGUGCAUGGCUAUGUGGUGAUGUUGGUGCAUCUAUGUCGCAAUGCAUCCACCGAGAUGCGAACUGUGCUGCUCAAACGUUGGGGCGCCAAUCGUGAGACGGGCGUACAGCUGCUGCAACAGCUUGUCCAGCUGUAUAUAUCGCUGGUGUGGGAGAGCACCAUAUUAUUGAAUUUAUGCUCGGAUGAGCCCACACAGCAUCCGGAUCUCAUUUGGGAUGAAAUCGCUGCACAAAUGUCAGCCGCAGCCGGCACAGCGGAUCCCAUGACUGAAGCCGAAUUGUCGCGUAAAUUGGAACGCGCUGCUGAAUUUCGUACCAAAUAUACACCCGAAGAGCAAUUUCGCUAUAUCAAAUCGCUUUUGGCGGCAAGUUCGCGUCUGGGACGCGCCCUAGCUGAAUUGCUGGGCACACUGGUCAAGCUAUCGGUGGGCUCACCACAGACGCGCCAGCGUCGCAUCAAUGACCUCAUUAGCAACAUUAAUAAAGUUCCUACGCCCGAGGCGCGCGAAAUUGCCCGCAUACUCAGCUCGAUACUGGUGAAUGGAUUCAGUCAUGAGAGCAUUUUACCAAAACCGGUGCCCAAAUUGAAAUUAACCUUUCUCAUCUGCUCGGUUGGGUUUACCGGGCCGAUGCUGUUCGAUGAUAAACGCAGCGCCUUCCAUUUGAUGAUCUCACAGUUUUGCGCUGAGAAUGGCCUGAAGGCAUUUUUCGAGAUGUUCUAUUGGGCCUUGUCACUGGAUAAUGUCUCGCAGAAAUUUGUAUUUGAUCAAUGGGCACCGCUAGAUGAUCUAAUGCAAUCGCACGAGGAUGAUAAACGAGAUUGUCCGGAAGGAACGGGUGAAUUUCUGGAUGCCUGGCUGCAGUUGCUCGAGAAAAUGGUGAAUCCACGGGCCAUGCUCGACUCACCGUACACAAUGAGUCCACGUCUCAAUUAUAUGCCGGAUAGUGUGCCAUUUGAGCCAAUAUUUUAUCUCAUCCAUAUCCAUCAGCUGGCCAUGCAGGCGCUGCGUCGCAUCUGGUGCCGUCGACCCAUACCAAAUUAUGGCGCCAGCAUGUUUGAGACAAUCCUGCUGAUACUCAAACAUCUAAUCAAGUCACAUCAAAUGCUGCUCGAUCGCUAUCAUACGCGCAUGAAGGAGAUCAAAUUCGAGAAUCUUUAUAUACGCAGCACCGACGAUGGCCUCAAUGCGGAUCACAUCAAAACUCUGACCGAUAUGGGCUUCCGUCAUUAUCACAUUAUCGAAGCGCUGCGCAGUAAUGCCUCACUCGAGGAGGCCACCGAUUAUCUGCUUAACAAUCCGGAGGCAAGUGCUCUAUCCCAUUCUGGACAGGGACAGACUGGGCCCGGCACCGGCACUGGUACUGGCUCAACGCAAAGCCUAUCACAGGGCAGCUCUGCAUCGAAUGCAGCUGUUGUUGGUGAUAUGGACAUUGAUAUGGAGUUGCCGGGCAGCGGUGGUGCCGCCAAUGCUUCCACAUCCAGUUUGGCCACAGAUGUUGCCGGUGAUGCUGCUGCUGCUUCUGCUGCUGCUGCUGCUGGCGCUGCCGCAACCGCACCCGCUCUGGUUGUCAAACCGGCAACAACAAGCGGCUAUGAUUACAGGCAAUUGAAAUUGAUGCCGCCAUUCAUAUUCGAUCGGUUCUGCGAUGAGGCCGUGUCGCGUGCCUUUGAAUUCAUGGAGGCCAUACCGGAUACAGUCAACAGUGCCGCCGAUCUUAUAGCGGUCCUCUACAGACGCCUCAAUCAGCUGAAUCGUCAGGUGUUUGUCACCAAUUUUGUGCGCAACAUUAUACAGUGGGUGGACUUUACGCUGCAGCUAUUUGAGCCGGCAUCGGGGGCAGCCAGCAGCGGAGCUGCAGGUGCCCAAUCCGCAGCCAACCAGCCGGGCAAUGGCAAUAAUAGUAAGGCAGCGCCGAAACCAGGUCGUCUGGAGGAAUGCCUGACAGGCAUGACGGCCACACGUUUAUUUGUGCGAUUGAAAACAUCUACAUUGCUGCUGGAGGAGAACUACAGUGAUAUGCAUCGUCCAUUGGUCGAGGCCAUAACCGCACAGGAUGCGAUGGUGUCGCUUGUUAAAUUGCUCGACUGCAUGAGCCAAUGGAUGUUGGAGCAAUCGCAAAUUGUGGAUAACCAGGCACGUGCAACGGUGCCGCGUUGGGUGCAAAAUCUGGUCGAUCUCAUUGAUGCCAUCGAUAGCAUCAGUCAUAUAUUGCAGCGCAAGGCCAAUAUGCGUGCGGUUAGCAGUGAUCUGUGGCGUUGGUAUGAUGCAUCCACAGGCAAAUGGAAUGCCUAUUCGGAGGCUAACAAUGAGCUAAUACGCAGCGCCUAUGCCGCCGGCGAGCGUUGGCUACACAUCAACAUUGGACGACAGCGGUGCACGGUUAGCUUCAAUUGCAUGACCCAGGUGAGCGAUGCCUCGGGCAGUCACCGUCCCGUUUAUCCGGCAUUGAAAAUAUGCGAGGCCAUCAGUCAAUUGCAAAAUCCGAAAGCACCCCAAAAAAUUGAUAACAUAUUGAAUCGUGUGGUGCGCACAGCGCCCGAUGGCAAUGGUACCAUACAAUCCGAUGAGCUGGUGCCGUUGCGUCAGCUUAUCAAUUUCAAUGAACCCGCCACAGCACCACCACCACCGCCAGCGCAGGAGUCGUCGUCGUCGUCGUCGGCUGCAGCGGCACAGGGCCAGGAGUCGGCCGGCGCCGCUGCUGCAGCCAAUGAUGAGCUGGGUGGCAAUUAUUCACCACCGCCCGCCAUGACCACACGCAGCAAGUCGCGUCAGAAGAGCGCUGCCGCUGCAGCCAAAGCAAAGGCAGCCGCAGCUGCAGCAUCAUCUAACUCUGGCACCACCAACAACAACAACAACAGCGCUAGCCAUACCACCAGCACGACGGGCACAUCCGCGAUACCCAAGCGCACCCAGAAAAUUGUGCUGAACGAGGAGAAUGUGGGUCUCAGUAAAUUCGAUUGUGGCUACAUUAUUGGCAGCAUUGUGGCCCUAUUGCAGCCCACACAGCUGCUGCAUCACGAGACAAAGUUGUCACUGCUGCGGCUAUGUGCACGACUCACGCGCAACUUCGAGAACGCCCAGGUGUUCAUACGCUGUGGCGGUGUGCGCAUGCUGCUCCAUUUGCAGCAGUCAUGCAGCUUUAUGGGCUUCCCCACCUAUGCCAUUAUUAUAUUGCGUCAUGUACUGGAGGCGCCACCGGUGCUGCAGGAGGCAAUGGAACGUGUGCUGGGCAUGCGCGCCGCUGGCAUUGUGCCGGUGGGUCAUCGUGAUCUCAUCUAUGUUCUGACCCAGGUCUCGACGGCGGUGUCCCGUGAUCCAAAGAUUUUUGUGGCCGCCGCCAAGGAGAUGCUCAAGGGCGAGUAUAUGAUCAAUGCGAACAGCACCAGCAAUUUGAUUGAUGAUGGACGCGUCAUGGUCAAAUCCAAGUUUGGACAACAACCGAACGCAGCAGCCGCAAACACAGCCGCUGGUGCGGCUGCAUCAUCGGCCACACAGAAAGACCCAUCACCGACCAAAGAUGACAUUAUCGAUGAUCCGAUGGUGCAGUCAUCCAUUUCUGUGCUAAAAGAGCUGCUCCUGGCACUGGUGCAGCCCUGUUGCCAUUAUGGCGGCACCACUCCAGAUCAACAACAGCAAAAUGCAGCCGAGCUGCUGCUGCCAGAUCAGCCGCCAGGCGCUGCAGGCUCUAUUGGUAAUCCCGAUGAUGAGGAAACAUCGGCUACUUUGAAGAAAACUAGCGGCUCAGCGACACCAUCGACUGGUGCUGGUUCUUCGGCAGCCGGCGGAUCGGCGGACAAAUAUGAGCCUUGCUGCUGCACCUGGCAUAUACCGACCAGUGCACAUAGCCACAACAAGCCGACAUUGUCGCGUGCCACAUUGCUGAAGCUAUUGGCGGACACGACGCGCGCGUAUCAAUCGCUGGUGCCGCGCGUGCUGCUCUCGCAUGUUUAUGCGCCAGCGGAUAGUCCGCUGAUUGGCAGCGGGCCGCAAACAUUUUUGGCUGUGCUGUUGGAUCGCUUCCUGCCGCUAACCCAGCGUCAACAUGUGCCCGAGGUGAGCACCAUGGCGCGUGUGCUGCUUUGUUCGCUAUCCGAUUGCUAUCAGCAGACGGGCGUUCAGCAGCAGGUGGCCGAGGAGCUGCAUGCGGCCGUGGCACGUGCACUCGCUCAACCGGACUCGGCGGAGAAGCAUACACGUCUCCAGGUGUUAAUGAGCCUGUUUCCCAAUCUGAUUGAAUCGCCCAUGCUGUACGAUAAGGUCCAUAUGCAUCGGAAUACCAUGUACCGUGUGCUGUUGCGUCAGGGUGUCAUGACCUAUCUGACCAAGGUGGCCCAAUAUAAGGAUUUGUCCAAUCACAACACACUGAGCACCCUCGGCGCCAUACUGCGUCCCAUGGAGAUCCUCUUGCGCUUCAAUGUGGCCACAACAACGCUCGGCUCGAAGCGCAUACUCUUUGGCGGCGCCAGUUCGGCCGCCAACGGUGCCAACAAUGGCAACAGCAAUGCCAACGGCCUGAGCGGUGGCAAUACUGUGAGCGCCAUUAUAAAUCGUCGUCUGUAUCCCCGUCUAGCUGCACGCACCGCUGUCAGCGCCGCGGAUCGCUCGAAUGCCAUGGGCGGUGGCGAGCAUGUGCUGCGGGAUAUUAUACGCAAUGUGCUGUCGGAUCGUCGUCAUGCAUUUGAGUUUAUCUUCAAUUCGGAUGAGAUGGCUGUGGACUCGGAGGAUUCAGCACCGCAGGCUUCGUCUGGCUCUGGCGCUGGCAACAGCGGACCAGGCAUCAUUGGUAAUCACAAUGCAGCCGCCAUUGAUGUGGUCGAUGAGCGCAGCAAUGGCACUGAGGCCGCUGAACCGGCACCACCCGCAGCACCCGGCAGCGCUGUGCGUCCGGUGCUCAACUUCGAUCAGCUCUGGGAUGAUUUCCUGCAAUGCGAGGGUCUCUUUCUGGCCUCGCGCGGCCAGAACAGUGCUGGCAAUGGCAAUGCCAAUGGUGCUAUCGGUCCUACCACCGCUCAGCAGAAUGGCAGCAAUGCCAGCGGUACGGGACAAGCCCUUGGCGGCGUCAUUGGCAGCUCCCCAUCCAGCUCGGCCGUUGGCAACAUAGGUGAUCCACGUUUGCGCAACAACUCGGAUGUCGAUGUGGGCGGCGUCGGCGGCGGCGGCAACAGCAGCAAUAAUUCGGCUGGCAAUGCCUCCGCAAAUGCCGUCAAUGACAAUGGUUUGAGCGGCAAUGGCGGCGGCAGUGGUGGCGGUGGCGGCAGCGAUGGCGCCUCCACAUCAUCGGAUACCGGCGGCGGCGGUGGUGGUGGUGGUGUUGGACGUGGUCCACGCACUGCACGCGAUAUGAACGCCUCCCUGUUGGGUGAUGUGAGCACAAGUGAUUCAGAUUCGGAGGCAUCUACGGAGAAUGAUGAGCGCAACGCUGAGGAGGAGGACGAUGACGAUGAUGAUGAGGCCGCCGACGAGGAUGUGGACGAGCAUAGCGAAACCGAUGUAGAUGAAGAGCGUCCGCGUCAAUUUAUUGAAGUAUUUGAUCAUAUCUAUGAGCCAGAGUCCUCAGAAACAGCAUCCAACGAUGCCGAUGUCGAUGCCGAGGAUGAUGACGAGGAUGAAGAUGAGGAUGACGAUGACGACGACGAGGAUGAUGAGGAUACACGUGCUCGCAACGCCGACGAUGCUGCUCUAAUCGACGAAGUGCUCGCCCAAGUGAAUGGCACCGGCAACAGCACAAGCACUUCGGCAGCCGCCAAUUCCAAUAAUCGACCACGUCGCAGUGCCGCCAUUGAGCCCAACGGCGGCAGCGGUGCCGGCAAUAACGACAAUCGCAUGGAUGACUCGGGCCGCGAUUCCAAUGCCUAUUUGUAUGAGCGUCUGGGCGGUGAUAGCGGUGGUCAUGGCAGUCAUGGACACGGGCAUGGACACCUGAUGCCCCAGCCGCCGUCCAAUUUCCGGGUGCGCAUGAAUAGCUCGAUUGCCCUACCCCUGGAUAUUGAUGUCAAUGGCGGUGCCUCGUCCUCGUCAGCUGCAGCUGCCGCCGGUGGUGGACGCAACAAUUCGGCUGCCAAUUCUGUGGCAGCCGCAUUGCGUUCCUCCUCCGAUUCAUGGAUGGCACCAGACUUCAAUUUCAUUGGCAGAAGCGGCGCCGAUGCCAAUGCGGCUGACGUCAAUGUGAAUGCAUUUCUGCCGCCCGCCAUGGUUCAAAUGGAACGCAAUGCCGGCGGUGGAGCUACCAAUAAUCAGAAUAUGAGCAAUCUGCUCGACGAACAGCCACCAGCUGCUGCCAUCGGCACUGGCAACAGUGGCGCUGCCAGCGCUGGCGGUGCCUCCACCACAGCCGCCAGUCAUCCCAAUAAUAAUUCCUCGCUGUGCAACAAUGGUGUGCGCCGGCGACUCCUCUAUCUGGAUCAGCAGUACUGUGUGUGCAUGCCAACCCAUCAGAAUCCGACCGAGGAGACGCAAAUGGAGAUGUUCACCCAGGACGCGCUCCAUUGGUGGCUGGAGGAAGCCAAAGCCCUGGACAUGGAAAGUCAAACCGAUGCAUGCCUCUAUGCGGCACAUUUCCUGCUGCCGCAUUUGAUUAAAGAACUGAAAUUGGCUCAUCAGCAGCGCAAACAGGAGGAGGCCAAUCGUCAGGCUUCGGCAGCAGCUACUGCUGCUGCCAUAGCUGGCGCCUCCAAUUCUGGUGCUGGAGCUGCCGCUGCAGCAGCAGCUGGAGCUAGUGCUGGUGCCAGUGCCGGUGGCGGUGCUGGUGCUGCCAACACUGCCGCCGCCGCGGCGCCCGCUGAGCCAGGCGCUGCUGCGACAGCUGCAAAUCCAAAUGCAAAUGCAAAUGCCAGUGCAAGUGGAAGUACCAGUGUUACAACGGGCAUGAACAAUGUCAACAGUUGGCUAUCGAAUUCCGCUUCGACAACCACAACCAGCAGCAGCAACAACAGUAGCAGCAGCUCAGGCGCGAUAGCGCCGCCACCACCACCGCCGGGCACGGCAACAGCAGCAACAACAACAACAUCGGCGGCAACCAACAAUUUCCGAAGUUCGAUACCCCGACUGAUUCCAUCGAUGCAGUUCAUGAAUGCCGCAUCUCUGGCAACGGUGACGACAGCAACGACUCCAUAUGGCGGUAGCAUUGUAACCGCCAGCACCACAAUUCAGCCAACACUGACGGCCACCAUCAGCAGCAGCAACAACACCAGCAGCAACAGCAGCAGCAGCAACAAUACAGCUGCUGGUGGUGAGGCACGGCGUCCACGUCAUCGCAACAAUGCCUCGCGCCAUCAGGCGCUCUAUAAUAUCUAUGCUGAAAUUGAUUUGACCAAUGAGCAGGAGUCAACUGGUGCUGCCGGUGCGUCGGGCAUUAACGAUAUGCCGCCACGGCCUCCGCAACAUUCGCAACCACAACAGCAAGCGCCGCCGCAACUGUUCCCCAGUGCCCAGGGUCCGACGAAUGCAGCUGGCAGUGCUAUACCGCCGUCGCAUCCGCCACGUCAUCCAACAGUAUCUGCCCAUCUGCCCUCCAGCGGGCGACCAUCGCGUACACGUACACGCGCCGAAGUAGCUGAAAUCCUGGAGUUUGGGAUGAACGAGCCACGCCAGAACUCGACGCGCCGCAACAACAAUGCCAAUGCAAACGCGAACUCAUCGCGCACCGCCGGCGCUGGCCCGUUGAAUGCACGACAAUCGCUGCCCAAUCGCGAUUUGCCCGCCGCCCGCCUGCAACGUAUAUCGAUACAGGCCGGACGCAGUAAUUCCGGUGAUACUGGCCCCAAUGAUGAGCAAUGGCACGAUUCGCCAGUUCGCAUGCCUAGCGCUGAUAUGAAUUUCCCGCUGCCGCCAACGCUGGAUGUGGUGCCAGGCACGCUGAAUUUUACCGAUCCUCCACCGCCGCCGCCGCCAGAACAGCAGGAGCAACAGCAGCAGCAGCAGUCACAGCUGCCAUCGAACGAUCAAGAGGAAGGGGAGCAGCGGCCGGAGGAGUCGGACUCCGAGCAGGACUUGGUGCCAGAUUUUUCUGGUGUUACAGAUCCAACCACUCUCUUUGCACCGGCCCCGCCAGCGGUAUCCAUAUCUGAGCUGGCCGCUCAGCUUAUGGCCAAUGACCAGCACGACGAGGCCCGGGAAAUCUUGAGCACUGUACCUGAACCCUAUCAUCAGCUAAAUCGCGCUACUCUAUCCGCUGUGGCCGCAGCUGUGGUGGCUGCCGUUGAGGCAGAUCCAUUGCCAGAUUUGCCCGAUAUGGAGCCGCCCGAAUUGGAUUUAGAGGUGCGUCCCCAUGACCCGGUACCCGAAACAGAUUCUAGUUCCGGCCUAGAUUUCGGUGCCGCCGAAGAAGCGCCUGCCAACGAUGUGGAGGCUAAUAGCUUAGAAGAUACUGCUCCGGCUGCUGCUGCUGAUCCUGCUUCUGCUGCUCCUGCUGCUGCUGCUGCUGCUGCUGCUGCUACUGCUAGUGAAGCUGCACCAGCAGCUGGAGCAGGCGGCGCAACAGGAGGCUCCAGCACUGCAGCCAGUGCCGUUGUCACAGACAUGAGUCCCGAGGUGCGUGCCGCAUUGGGAGACCUAGAGGUGCCAGAGGGCGUUGAUCCCUCAUUCCUGGCCGCCUUACCCAGCGAGAUGCGCGAGGAGGUUAUACAGGAGCAUUUGCGGAUGCAGCGUAUACGCCAGCGUGCCCAGCAGAAUGCCAUACAAAUUGCGCACGAUUCACUGGUCGAGGUUAAUCCCGAAUUUCUGGCCGCACUGCCGCCCAAUAUACAGUCGGAAGUGCUAAUGCAGCAGCGCAUCGAACAGCAACGUCAGGCGGCGCAGAGCGCCAAUCCGGAUGAUCCUGUCGAUACCGCCGCAUUCUUUCAGAAUCUGCCCGAAAAUUUGCGUCAAGCUAUACUAACCGACAUGGAGGAGUCACAGAUAGCCAGCCUGCCCCCGGAACUGGCUGCCGAGGCGCAGUUCUUGCGUCGCGACUGGGAAUCGCGCAACGGCGCCCGCAUGGAUGCCCAUCCACCCAGCAAUGCGCUGUCCCGCUUCCAGUCAACUCUGCAGAAUCUGGAUGAGGCGCGCUGGCAUAGCGCCAUUUGGUACGAUGCCAGCGGCAAUGCGCAGCCGCAACAUCAUCAGCACACGACAAUUGUGCAUCAUCAUCAUAUUGCGCCAAGCACUGGAAAGCCGCUCGCUCUGCUGAUGAUGGAGGAUGAGAAUAUACUGCUGGAUCCAGAUUCGCUGGCCACGCUUUUGCUGUUCCUGUUUGUUGAGGAUCAGAAGGUGAACAGCGUGCGUUUGCAUCGCGUUAUACGCAAUCUAUGCCAUCAUGAGCCGACGCGCGACUGGAUAAUUAAAGCCCUGAUCAGCAUCAUACAGAAGACAAACGAGGAUAAUUCAAACUUUGGUGCGGCCAAUUCGGGCAGCAAACCUGAAUGGCUUAAGCUGCGCGUCGAUGCCGCCUUUGGCUAUAAGAGCAACAUAUUCCUAAUCAAUCGGAUGUACGAGGGCAGCGCACGCAGCAUUAGCAUCAAUCCGCAGGCAGCGCAAAUGAUAGUGCGCAAUUGUCUUGAUUUGCUCUUCGUCCUGGCCAAGCAUUAUCCAUUCAGCUUCUUGCCCUACAAUCGUGAGCCAAAAGCACGCGCUCGCAUGCUCAGCGCCGUUUUUGGCAUGCCCAAUGCGAGCGCCUCGGCACGUCUCGAUGAUCCGGCAGCCGUAGCCAGUCUGGUGGCAGCUGGUAAUGCCGCUGCUGCUGCUGCUGCUGCUGCCGCUGCUGCCGCCGGUGGUGCGAGUGGUGGUUCAGGUGGUGGCGUUGGCGGAGAUUUGCGAUCACGAUAUCAUCGCUAUCAAAUGGCCAAUCGGCUGCGCGGCAUUUUGGAUGAGCAGCAACAGCAUCAACAGUUGCAACUACAGCUGCCCAAGGCGCAGCCACUGGACGAGGCGCCAUCCACAUCGAAAGCGGCUGCUGCCAAGGCAGCUGCCAGCGCCGUCAAGCCGAGCAGUAACAACAACAAUAAUAAUAAUAACAACAACAACAACAACAACAACAUUGACGGCACCACUGUUGCCUAUCAAACAAAUGCGCACAACUUUUGGGAUGUGGUGUUAAAUAUUGAUCGUCAGACUCCGCUGCGUUUGGCCAAUGUGGCACAGUUUCCAUUAACCUCACAGCCGGCCUGGAAAUGGCAGACCAAUAAUAGCGAAUUUUUAUCCUUUACCGAUUCGCCGUUUGGCCAGCUGCUCGAGAUGUUGCCGUACAAGGUUAUCUGCCGUUCGCCGCAUUUAACUGAUAUGUUGGUCAAACUGUUGGCCUCGCUGAGCGUUGAUUUGCCCAAAGAGGAGGAGCAGCAGCAGCAACAACAACAACAGCAACAACAGCAGCAGCAGCAACAACAACAGCAGCAACAACAACAACAACAACAACCACCACCACCACCACAGCAGCAACAGCCGUUGCCACAGCAGGAUGAGCAAAUGCCAACACAGCAGCAACAACAACCACAACAACAGGAUGAGCAAAUGCCAACGCAACAGCAAGAGGAUAGCCUGUUGCCGCCACUGGCGCCUCUUAGUCAAUUCCAUGAAGAGAUGCGUGACGAAGGGAGUGCAGAGUUGGCAGCAAAUGCCAGCAGAACAGCUCCGGAGAGGCCACAACAGCUGUUGGCGGCAGGUCGUCAUCAUGACUUUGACGACGAUGAGGAGGAGGAGGAUGAUGAAGACGACGAGGAUGACGAUGACGACGAGGAGGAGGAUGAUGAAGACGAUGAGGAUGAUGAGCUAUCGCACUCGGGUGCAGUAGGCGGCGGAACAGUGCCAAAGCCAACACCAUCAACACCAUCGCAAUCAAAUAAGCCACGUCGCAAAAUCUAUGCCAAGAACUUCUCCCAAUUGCAGUUGGUUAUCGAGGUGCUAACACAUCAGUGCGGCACCACCGAGGGCCUGGACAAUGUUACCAAACUGAUUGUGAAUCUCACACAGUGCUCUCAGGCAUCGAAUGCCAUAUUCAUACAGUACUUGACGGCAGCCAUACUCGGCCUGGCCGAGGAGGUGCGUCAGGCCAUACAGACGCUGCUCAACGAGAUUCGCGCCUACAAUACCCUUGGCCAACAGCAGUUGCAGCCAAAGCCGCAACAGCCGGACAAUAAGCCCAGCAGCAGCGGCAGCGCCAGCGCCAGCAGCAGCAAUAACAUCAACAACAUCAACAACAACAAUAACAAUAACAACAGCAGCAGCAGCAGCAGCGGUGGCGCCACUUUGCUAACCAAUUUAACCGUCCAUGAGGGCACUAUGCAGGAUCGGUUCACAGCUGAAUCGGUCAUCAUAUCGGCCCCAAAGAAUGCCAAGCCCACCUGUGAACUGCAAUUGCCCUCGAUGAAGAAGCUAAUGUCCAAUUCAUCGGCACAGCCUUAUUUCCUGCGCACCCUUAAGAUCUUCAUGCAGGUGCGUGAAAUGUACGAGCUGCAGAAUAGUCAAAAUGAUGACAACAGCGAGGACAUCAUUGAUAUUAUUGGCGAUGCGGGCUCAACGGUUGGAGGCAGCGCAUCUGCUUCCGGUGUCAGCAGCAUGGAUACCAACGACGCCGCAUCAAAUGUCAAUAAUAGCUCGAACAGUAGCGCUGGCAGUAGUGGCGCCGGUGCCGGCGGCGGCAUUGGCGGCGGCUCAAAGAGCGCUGCUAAGCCAACGCUUAGUCAAAUACUAUGCCUGGACGUGCUGUGGCACACGUUGAGCGAGUGCCUGGUGGCCCUGGAGGAGUCCAAGGAUGAGUUUGCUGUACUGGUUCUACAACCGACCGUUGAGGCCUUCUUCCUCAUACACGCCUCACAUCGGGUGACACCGAAGAAACCAGGACGUGGUGCCGCCGGUAGUGCAACAGUUGGCUCUGGUUUGCGCGUUGUCCCCCAUCCAGUGGCAUCCGAGAUUAGUCCACAACUGGAUGAUACCAAUAGCAGCAGCAACAGCAGCCAAGCCCAAAAUUCAGCCAGUUUUGAGGAUGAAUCCCGCUUGCAGGAUGGUUCCACAGGCGCUGCUGGUCAGCAGGUGGCGCUAACCGCACACGAGGCCCAACUUAAACAGGAUCGCCAAAAGUUUUUACAAUUCGCCGAGAAGCAUCGCACAGUGCUUAAUCAAAUUCUACGUCAGUCGGCCACACAUCUAUCCGAUGGCCCAUUCGCCGUUUUGGUGGAUCAUACACGCAUCCUGGACUUUGAUGUGAAGCGCAAAUACUUCCAGACCGAAUUGGAGCGCCUCGACGAGGGUAUACGCCGUGAGGAACAUACUGUUAGUGUGCGACGUAUUACCGUCUUUGAGGAUUCAUUCCGUGUCCUCUAUCGUCUCGGUCCCGAGGAAUGGAAGAAUCGCUUCUACAUUGUAUUUGAGGAUGAGGAAGGCCAGGAUGCUGGCGGCCUGCUACGUGAAUGGUAUGUGAUAAUAUCGCGCGAAAUCUUUAAUCCCAUGUAUGCCUUGUUCUGCGUAUCGCCGGGCGAUCGCGUCACCUAUAUGAUAAAUCCAUCAAGUCAUGCAAAUCCCAAUCAUCUGAGCUACUUCAAGUUUGUCGGUCGAGUCAUUGCCAAGGCCGUGCAUGAUAAUAAGCUGCUGGAGUGCUAUUUUACACGCUCAUUUUAUAAACACAUCCUGGGCAAACAGGUGAAGCAUACUGAUAUGGAAUCGCAGGAUUAUGAGUUCUAUAAGGGCCUGGACUAUCUUAUGAAAAAUGAUAUAUCGACGCUUGGCUAUGAGUUAACCUUCUCCACCGAGGUGCAAGAGUUUGGCGUCACACAAAUCCGUGAUCUCAAGCCAAAUGGGCGCGACAUUGCCGUCACCGAGGAGAAUAAAUUUGAAUAUGUUCAACUUGUUUGCCAGCUAAAGAUGAGCGGCUCCAUACGUCAGCAAUUGGACGCAUUCCUUGAAGGCUUCUAUGAUAUAAUUCCAAAGCAUUUAAUAUCCAUAUUUAACGAACAGGAAUUAGAGCUUCUCAUAUCCGGCUUGCCGGAUAUUGAUAUUGAAGAUCUAAAGGCAAACACCGAGUACCACAAGUACACAUCAAAAUCGGCACAGAUUCAAUGGUUUUGGCGCGCGUUGCGCAGCUUCGAUCAGGCGGAUCGUGCUAAAUUCCUACAGUUUGUCACUGGCACCUCGAAGGUACCGUUGCAGGGCUUCGGCUCCCUGGAGGGCAUGAAUGGCAUACAAAAGUUCCAAAUACAUCGCGAUGAUCGUUCCACGGAUCGUUUGCCUUGCGCACAUACCUGCUUUAAUCAACUGGAUCUGCCCAUGUACAAGUCGUAUGAUAAGUUGCGCAGCUGUUUGCUCAAGGCCAUACACGAGUGCUCCGAGGGCUUUGGCUUUGCCUAAGCUGUGCCGUCCGAACACACCCAACAAAAAUAACAACAACAACAACUAAA